AGCUUGGCUAUAUGGGAGUGUCUUUGUUUGUUUUUGGGCUGUCAUGUGCCUCAUGGCACAAGCAGAGUACCUGCAAUAUACAGAUCCUAGCCAGCCGAUAGAAGUACGAAUUACGGAUUUGCUAGAGAGGAUGACCUUAGAGGAAAAGAUAGGACAAAUGACACAGAUUGAACGCACUGUGGCAUCCAUUGAGGUCAUGCAGAAAUAUUUUAUUGGAAGUGUGUUGAGUAAUCCUGGGAGUGUUCCAAGCGAAGAGGCAUCUCCAGAAGCCUGGGUAGACAUGGUAAAUGAAUUUCAGUAUGGCUCACUGUCAACGCGGCUCGGUAUACCUAUGAUCUAUGGAGUUGAUGCUGUCCAUGGCCAUAACAGUGCUUAUGGUGCAACAAUAUUUCCACACAACAUAGGUUUAGGAGCAACCAGGCAACCUGAAUUGGUGAAAAAGAUUGCAGCAGCUACCGCUCUUGAAGUCAGAGCUACAGGGAUUCCUUAUUCUUUUGCACCUUGUAUUGCGGUCUGCAGAGAUCCAAGGUGGGGUCGCUGUUAUGAAAGUUUUGGCGAAGAUCCCAAAUUAGUUCAAGCGAUGACAGAAGCCAUAUCUGGACUACAGGGAGAGGUCCCUGCUGAUUCCCCAAAGGGGUACCCUUUCGUUUCUGGACAGAAUAAAAUUGCAGGAUGUGCUAAGCACUAUGUGGGUGAUGGUGGAACUUACAACGGUACUAAUGAAGGCAAUACUCUGAUGAGCAUAACUGAAUUGCUCAACAUCCAUAUGCCAGCCUACUAUGAUUCCAUUAGCAAGGGUGUGGCGACUGUCAUGGUCUCUUAUUCGAGUUGGAAUGGAGUUAAAAUGCAUGCUAAUCGUGCUCUCAUUACAAGCUUUUUGAAAAACACUCUAAAAUUCAGGGGAUACGUCAUUUCAGAUGAGUCUGGUCUCGACAGCAUCACAACUCCACGUCAUGCAAAUUAUACAUAUUCCAUCGAAACUGCAAUUAGUGCUGGCAUUGAUAUGGUAAUGGUACCAUAUAACUACACAGAAUUCAUUGAUGGUCUAUCAUUCUUGGUGAAAAACAACUUCAUUCCCAUGACGCGGAUUGAUGAUGCAGUGGAGAGAAUUUUACGGGUAAAGUUUGUCUUGGGUCUUUUUGAGAGACCGUUCGCUGACUAUAGCAUGGUCAAGUACUUGGGAUGUAAGGAGCAUCGAGAACUAGCAAGGGAGGCUGUGAGAAAAUCUCUUGUGCUGUUGAAGAAUUCGCAAUCUUUGGCACACGGGCCUUUGCUACCACUUCCUAAAAAGGCAUCAAAAGUACUUGUGGCAGGAACUCAUGCUGACAAUAUCGGAUACCAGUGUGGAGGGUGGACAGUUACUUGGAGAGGUGUUAGCGGCUAUAUAAAAAAUGGGACAUCUAUUCUAUCUGCCAUAAAAAAUACAGCUGAUCCGGAAACUGUGAUUGUGUAUCGAGAAGAGCCUUUGCCCAGCUUUAUCAAAUCCAAUAAAUUCUCGUAUGCCAUAGUAGUCGUGGGGGAGCACACUUAUUCAGAAACGCAGGGAGACAGCAGGAAUUUAACAAUUUCAGAUCCUGGCCCAAGCAUUAUCAAUAAUGUUUGUGGCUACAUAAAAUGUGGUCGUCCGGUAAUUAUUGAGCCAUAUUUGUCGAAAAUCGACUCUCUGGUAGCAGCUUGGCUUCCUGGAUCAGAAGGACAAGGCGUGGCGGAUGUUUUGUUCGGUGACUAUGACUUCACAGGAAAGCUUCCGGUUACCUGGCUUCGGAAUGUUGAUCAACUUCCAAUGAAUUACGGGGAUGGAAACUAUGAUCCACUUUAUCCAUAUGGCCUACAAAGCACAUGAUGAGAUGUGAUAUCAAUAAGCUGGUAUGCAGCAGCUGAAGUCUCAGCAAAGCAAUAAGCUGCAUUGAUGCGGCAUCUUUAGAGCAAUUCUGACCCAAUUUAAUACCACAUCGCUAUCAUAGUAUAUUUGCGGUGUAAAAUCAAUUUCAAUGCAACACUAAAAUGAUACUCCCUCCAUCCUCUUUUACAUGUU